CUUUUGGUCUCUUUUCGCCAGCAACCUUUCGUCCAUCGCAGUUAGACAAACCGAUGGGAGCGACGGCCAGGUUCACCUGUCGCUUGUCGGAGACCGUUCAAAAGUAUUCCCUUAACUGGUACAAACUGGGUGAUGACAAGCAGCCGAAAUUACUGGACCUUGGAAAAUGGAAGUAUAACCUCACCAGGCUGAAUGCGACGACCUUUGAAAUUAAAAUCUCGGACUUAGAGAUGAACGACAGCGGGACCUACUUCUGUGGCCUCAUCUGGCCCUCGAUGAAGUUGACGGAAAGCAACAGGGCCAACCUCACAGUAACAGAGAAACAACUUGAGCGUGGACUACCGCCGGAGGAGACGGAGCCUGGACUACCGCCGGAGGAGAGGGAGGGUCACGGGGAGAUCCUCCUUGCUGUCGUCGGAGGAGUUGGGCUGUUUCUGGCGCUCCCAUUUUUGUGUUACUACCUCUAUAACCUCAUCCAGAAAAGGCAAGGGGAAGAAAAACUGCAGGAUGAAAAUGCUCCCUUGGAAGAAGGCCAUCCUGCCGUGAGCGUUUUCACCGUGGAUUAUGGGGUGCUGGAAUUCCGGGGAGGAGGCACCGCUCAGAGAGCACCCCCUGAGCGCAUCGCUUCCGACCAGACCGAAUAUGCCACCAUCAUCUUCCCUCCGGAAAAGCCGGUCUCUGCCAAAGUAAGCAAAAAGACUAAGAAACCAAAGAGCUGCCCCAGCGGAGCGGAGCCACACUGA